AUUUUUUUCCACAGAUUACCAAGCUUUGGACGAAUGCACAGUGCUUUCUGGAACUACAUCAUUAGUAGACGCUCAAUGUAUUCGGGACUGGCAAAUUCUUUAAAUAAAACUCAAACUGCUUGCUAUUAUUUUCAUCUAACCCAAGUUGCGAGUUUCAUCCUCACUCACAUUAUAUUUCAAAUUGCUGGUCUGAGAUGGCUAACAAUUACUGUAAUUAUUGCUAUAAUUAUAAUAAUUACCGUAUUACUAGUGGUAAUUAUACAAAUAAAAGCAAUAAUGAUGAUAAUAUUGAUGGCAGUAAACGAGAUGCUAGUUUCAGGGUGGCCAUUGCAUGCUGUAAUUGCUGAUCUGAUCGAACAGCUUGGUUACACAGUGAGGGAUUUCUAUAUGCUGGAUGGAGGGGUCCGGUUACAUAUGGUACCUUCCUGGGCAAUUCAUGUGUUCAUUGUUUGUGCCGUUCUUCUGCUGCUAGCUGUUUUCAUGGAGUGGUAUGUGGUCAGGCGGAAGCUGGUUAAACGAAGCAUCAACGGCAUGCAGCCAAAUUUCGGGAAAAGCAAAACACAUAUUAUUUUUUAUUAG